AUGGAAUACAUGAGCGAGAAGUUCCCCAUGAAGGGUCCCGGUACCGCGCUUGUCAAGGCCGUAGACUACUACAUGGGCUCCUCGAGCCCCCUCGAGCAGGUCAUGGACGGCCUGGACGCCGUAUCGGUGCAGUACUACAAGAGCUCGAGCUCCUCUCCCAAGUGUAGCGUGCAGGCCUUCUCCUUACAGAACGCCGAACACCACACGCGCAUUGAACGCUCCUCGCCAUGCGACAACCAAAACACAAGUUACUGCACCCCUAAAAGCGAGGAGGACAGCCUGCACGCGGAGCUCUCGAGUGGCCCCAUCGACAGCUGCUGCAGCCUGCGCGCGUCGCCGGUAACGGGUGGACAUGGCAAGCACGAGGACCUUUACCUGGGCGACAAGUGCGGCGACAGUAACGUGUCCAGCAGCAAGAAGAGGCGACACCGAACGACCUUCACGAGCGCCCAGUUGGAGGAGCUCGAGAAGGUGUUCCAGAAGACGCACUAUCCGGAUGUUUACGUCAGGGAGCAGCUGGCCAUGCGCACAGAACUCACCGAGGCCCGCGUGCAGGUGUGGUUUCAGAAUAGAAGAGCCAAGUGGCGUAAACGGGAGCGCUACGGACAAAUCCAGCAGGCGAAAAGCCACUUCGCGGCCACAUACGACUUAUCAGUGCUGCCGAGGACCGAUACCUACUCACAGAUCCCCAAUAACCUGUGGGCAUCCCCUGCUGGCGUCUCCGGGGGCUCCGUGGUGUCGUCGUGCAUGCUGCCGCGUGGCUCUCCUCCCUGCGUGGGUGUGGGCGUCGGCUCCCCAUACCCCCACUCCUCCCCCUCCGCACGUGGUCCGGCACCCGACGCCUACGUGACGGGCUUCCCACCGCACCAGCAAGGUGGAAGCCACGGCCCUUUAGGCCACGCCCAGUUAAGCUCCGCCCAGUUCCCCGUCAAUCAUCACGUCUCCAUCAACAACUUCUUCGCCGACUCCCUGCUGGCACCUCCUCCUCCCUCGCUGGCCACGCCCACAUCCCACGCCAGCGCCGCCGUGUUCGAGACAAAGCCGGAGUUUGAGAGGAGAUCAUCCAGCAUCGCGGUCCUCCGCAUGAAGGCUAAGGAGCACGCGGCUAACAUCUCCUGGGCCAUGUGAGAACCAAGUAGACUCAACAUCUCCUGGGCCAUGU